AAGUUGCUUGCCUCUUCGUGAUCGUUGGAUAAUAGUGUCAGAACAAAUCAUGGAUUAUCGGUUGGCUGUACUAUUCACCCUGGGGCUGGCCUACACCACCUCGUCGAUGCACACAAAGCGUGCAGCCUUCCCAUGCGGAGCUGGCUGUCUUCCGCAGUGUGCCCCAAACUGCCUUGUAGACUGCUGCGGCAGUCCUCCACCAGCACCACCCGACCCACCUCUCCCAGCUGUGUCAGACAUGAUGAAGCCUCAGCCAGCACCUAUCGUUGGACCACAGGGACAUCCUGGGUCACAGGGUUCCCCAGGAGUGAUGGGACCUGUAGGACCCCCGGGAAUUGGCGGAGUCCCCGGACCUCCGGGACCACCCGGACCACCAGGACCUCCUGCACCCCCUGCUCCACCUGCUCCUGCGUGUUGUGCGGUGCCGCCCCCAGGGAAACUAAACAUGAAUAUCCGGAUUCUGCUGUUGAUUGCCAUUGGACUGGUACUCUGUGCCGCUGAUCCAAUCAAGACCAAAAGGGAUGCGCAAUACAAUUACAUGUAUCCUGGUUCCGAAGGAUCCCAAGGCCCCCAAGGCCCUAUUGGUAACGCGGGAAGACGAGGACCAACCGGAGAUCCCGGACCACCAGGACCACCCGGACCUCCUGGACCACCCGGACCACCCGCUCCACCAGGCCCCGCCGGAAGAAGAUAAAUGAAGAAUUUACAGAAAAGAAAUGCGAAAGAAAUUUUGUACUUCUCUGCAUUUCGUUCAAUGAUUGUUAGUUCAUAUUGGAACGAAUUAAACUGAUUUGAAAGCCACGAUAAAGCCAUGUGAAAUUUCGAAGGAAAAAAAAAUUAAUAAAAAAACCAUAUCGAA